GUAGAUUUUUCUCGGAAAAUCCAUACAUAAAAAAAUACCUUAGAUAACCCAUUAAAGUGCACUUGUGAAUAAUGGGUGCAUACACUCGUCUGCCUUCAUCAGACAUAAUAUUUAUGCUUAUAGCCUUAUUCAGCCUUAUAGUUCUUUUACAAACACCAUUUUCAGAAUUCAAAUCAGUGUGCUAGGCUGAAGCACGGAUUACAUUACAGGAUCACACGGAUGGGUGGAUUUAAAGGAUGCAGUGGUAGGAAGUCACUUCCACCUCACCAUCAUACCAUUUUCCUGUCUACAUAAAUAUUGAUGACGUCGUCUUAGGGAAAUAUUCAGCAGAACACACGGGUCCGCGGGAUGGAGCCGAUGGAAAAUGGCGAGUCUGUGUAAACGUCAACAAUGUACUAUCAUCAGAGGACAUGGUUUUCUUCAGGAACUUGACUCGUGGCGGCAUAAGCUUAUUCGAUGUGUAGGCUUCACCAGAUGAUAUUAUUAAGGCAGCAGUAUUCAUAUAAUCCAAUAAGACCUUCCAAGCUUCUCAGAUUCUCUCAUCUCUCCAGUUGCACAGGAGAUUAUGCAGCGAAUGCUUCAAAAGCUUGCCAUGGAAUAUACCUCAAAAACCUAUUCAGCUCAGGAUAUUUCCCCUUCCCAACCAUUAUUAAACGGCACCAAGUACCAAAGCCGGCCAGAAGCACCCUUGCUAGACCCUGCUGCCAACACAACCAGCUGCCUCUUUGAUUACACAGACUCUGAAACCAUUAUUACUCCCUCAUCACAAAACCCUGUCCUCUGCGAAUUUUUAAUGGCUGAACAGGAUACUCCACUGGACCUCACUAUUAAGAAGACUGGUGUUGAGUCCAGUAACCAAGAUGGAGUCCUGGAUCUCUCUACCAAGAAAAAACAAAGCAGAAUCUCUCUCAAGCCCUCUCAUGAAUUUUCUGUUAUACCAGUAGUCAAAAGGCAACCUGUGAACACUGAAGAAAAUGACCAAGAAAGUGAUGAUAAGGAUGGAUUGCAUCAACAAGGCUUGCGAGAUGGUAUAUCGAACAACCAUACUUGCUCUGCCCCUUUUAAACCUCUACUUGCCAAAUCAUUUCUUAUAAAGGAGGAACUCCUAAGUCAGAAGCAUCGCUUCCUUGGACAGCCGUCACCUAUUUCUUUGACCAGCUUAGAGACGGUAGGUUUUCUUAGUUCCAGUCAAACAUACCCUCUCCUGUCUCGUGAUGGAUUCUGGGAGAAACCACAAUUAGAUGGUGUACUCGAGUGUAAAUCUGCUCCCAGCCAUCUUAGCGAUCUAAAGAACCAUCCGCUUGUCUUAGAAAAUCAUGGAACCUUUAACAAAGGUACCAGUUCCUGCUUUAACAAGUCCUUUGAUAUAUUUACCAUUACAUCAAAAAAAGAUACAAGAAACUCCCCUUCAGUUGAUUUAAAAAUUCCACAAGUAAAGGGUAUGGAUCUCUCCUGGAACUCCAAUGGGAACAUUUCUGAGAUCUAUAAUUACAGUUCUGUUACUGUGGGCUGUUUGCAGACAGAUAAUUCUAUAAGCAGGAGGCUCAGGGCCAUUUUACCCAAACAGUGUAGUAGAGAUGGCUUUGAAAGCUUCUUUGAUGGAGGUGGGGUGAGUGAGUAUUUAGGCACCGAUGCUGAUCAAUCGACAUCUGGACCUCAGUAUCCAACCUCAGAUCCUGAAGCAGAUCUAACAGUCUCCAAGCAGCCACGCAAAAAAAGGGGCCGAUAUCGCCGGUAUAAUAGUGAGAUCCUUGAAGAGGCUAUUGGUGUGGUGAUGAGUGGGAAAAUGAGUGUUUCAAAGGCACAGAACAUUUAUGGUAUUCCUCAUAGUACGCUGGAGUACAAGGUAAAAGAGAGGAUGGGCACACUGAAGAAUCCACCGAAAAAGAAGCUUAAAAUGAUUAUGAGGAUAGAUAGACAAGACUCAAUUGCACCAGAAACUGAAACUAUAUCAGCAUCAACUGCCACAUCCAGCACAGUGCAAGAAGAUGUAUUGUAGGUGCUGAGAAAAAAAUAUUAAAAAAUAAAAUGUUUUAACAAAACUAAAUAUUAUUUGACAAAAGGACAGGGCUUUAACUGUGCCAAUUUUCUGUGCUGUAUUUGGAUGUGCACUAUAAACUCACUAUAAAUCUUAAAUUUAUAAACAAAAAGUAACCAUUAUUAAAGCCAUGAGUAAGAAAAAACAGUUGUUUUGUAAAAAAAAAAAAAAAAAAAGAAGGGAAUUUAUGAAGUAUAAACCCCAAGUUGCCCUUUUUCUGCUAUAUCAUAUAUCCAGAUACAUGCAAUUAAAAAAAAAACUAUUUUGGCCAUAAAAUAUCCAAUGAAUGACACUAGCCCAUUCAAAAAUGAAUCUUUUUCUCUCUUGUCCAAAAAUUGUCUCUCUCAUACUACAGGAAUGUAAUAUAGCUUGCAAGAUGUCUGCAGUG